AAACCCUAAAUCGACCAGAGCAUCAACCGAAAUUUGGAUGGAGAUAGGGGGAGAGACGAUAGUGCCGUGGCUCACAACAGAAAAGGGCACGUCUAACUAUAGUCAAAUACUGAGGGAAUCCAAGGGAUUCGAUAGCUGUAGUUUGCUACUACCAUGCAUUUUUACAGUACAAGAGAACAUCUGUAAUAAUCAAUAUUUUCCUUGUCGUUCCUUUGUCCGCCUUUAUGCUAAGAUGGGUCUUCAUGGUUACAAUUUGUUCCAGGGGAAAAACUUACAGUUUAGUGGCGUAAACAGAUACAACAACUCCCUUCGUCCUGCAGCUUCAUCUUACUACAUUACCUUGGAUGCUAAGGAUCCAACUAUUGGUUUGGUUCAGACUUUUCAGACCACUGUUUCUGAAGUAAGUUUUGGCGAAUUGAUUUUGAGCUGCAAAGUUGCUAGACCUUAUGGGGAAACCAAUACAAUCCACAUAGGUGAGGAAAACAAGAGAAACAAUCAAAUGCAUAUCAGCCUCCUCGGACGUAUGAUGCCUAAAUUGCCGCAACAUAAUCCUUUCCAAAAAACAAAUCGAUCUUACGUGCUAAAUAAAUCAGAGCUACAAGACCAUGAUUGUAUCUCUCUGUAUCUUGAACUUGCAAUUGCCACAACUCAUAGGCACUCUAGCCGCGAUCCUGAUCUGUCCAACUUGGAGAUUCUAGAAGUUGCUAUAGAAUCCACGCAAGACCUGGAGCCGAGUGAGGCACUUGGCAGCGCCAGUGAUGCAAUUUUCUACAUAAGGUACAAGGACUUGUCUCGUGUUAAAAGUGAUGUCGAUUGCAUUGCUAUAGUUAGAAGAAUCUGCCAUGAGCAGACGGGAACCUUCAGACUCGUGGGUCAGAUCAAGACGAUACCACAGAAGAAUAAGAGUUCGCGUACGUCAAUUUUAUUUAGGCGGCGUUUAGGCCUCUACAAUCCAUGGCGGUUAUCUAGUCCUAGGCUGGCUCAAGGCAAAAGAAACCGUGGCGUUGUGCUGGCUCGACUCCGCCAUUUUCACAAGAGUGUCCGCCAAGUUAAAUGAUAAAACCACCGACUGGCUAAGUUAUUUUGUGCCUUUGGAUAAUUUUAUAGAAAAUUACUUAGACUAACUCUUAUUUAUUAAGUUAACUCUAUGAUUUUUAUGUGUUCUUACAUGGAUAUAAAUGUU